CUAGUCGUUAGCAACGGUGAGUAGAGUAAACGUGGAAGAAAGUGAGUGUGCGCGUAUUCGUAUGAUAAGAAAUAAGAGAGGGAAAGAAAGAACUAGGGGCAUAGAUAAGUUGAGAUCGACCGUAUAAAGCUCGAGUAGACUUUGAACUGUGAGAACAUAAUAUUGAGAAAUUUUGAAAUCAAACGCGCUUAAUAGUUUGACUGAGUAAAGAAUAGAAGAUACGAUAAGGGUGUCAUUAAGAAACAAAUAUGAAGUAAAAACGUAAAUAAUCUUCGGAUUAAAAUCGUGGACGUUUGCUGAUGGCUACGAAAUCAGACGGUAGCAAAGCGAAGAAGCAGCAGCAAUUCGGUCGCUUUGCGCUUGGCAUCUAAAAUUAAACACUCGAAAACGACAAGGAAAAACGGCAGUGUCGUUCACAGCAGAGUGUCAGCCGUUGGAAGAAGCAGCAGGGAUCCCCUCGGGUUAUACAGCGGAGGUUGGCUGCGCGCGUUCGGUCAACAGCGCAGUGACUACUACGCGAGUCAGUCGACAAUCUGCCGUCAAACAGAGCGGACGGCUAAACAUUGCGCGUAUAAUAUCAUUUGGCGUGCCACAAAUAUUCGUUGGCACGACGGUGAUUUGACCCUACGGUGGGGUAAACAGACUAACUAAGCAGUCACGGUGAUAGAACGAGUAAGCGGUCUCCGUCUAUCGGCACGGACGGAUUAUCGAUCGGAUUUGACCCGGCUGAACUGUUUUCCCUAGCGUAGUGACUGCUAGCUUUUUUAGUUGUGUGUUAAAUAUCAGUGAUUAUUAAUCGGUAUGGCUGCCCCAGCAGCUUGCACGCGGUUCAGUGACAACUACGAUCUCAAGGAGGAACUCGGCAAGGGUGCCUUCUCGGUGGUUCGACGAUGUGUGCAAAAAAGCACGGGACUUGAAUUUGCUGCGAAAAUCAUCAAUACAAAAAAGCUAUCGCAAAGAGAUUUUCAGAAGCUCGAACGAGAAGCUCGGAUAUGCAGGAAAUUACAACACCCGAAUAUAGUUCGAUUACACGAAAGUAUACAAGAAGAAAACUGCCACUACCUCGUCUUCGACCUAGUCACUGGCGGCGAACUUUUCGAGGACAUCGUCGCCCGAGAAUUUUACAGCGAGGCUGAUGCUUCCCACUGUAUACAACAAAUCCUGGAAAGUGUCCAUCACUGCCACCACAAUGGAAUUGUGCACAGGGAUCUCAAGCCAGAGAAUCUUCUUCUUGCAAGCAAAGCCAAGGGUGCUGCAGUAAAAUUAGCAGACUUUGGGUUAGCAAUUGAAGUGCAAGGAGAUGUACAAGCGUGGUAUGGUUUUGCUGGUACGCCCGGUUAUCUUAGCCCAGAAGUUCUCAAAAAAGAAUCAUACGGAAAGCCAGUUGACAUUUGGGCGUGUGGAGUCAUUCUUUACAUUCUUCUUGUGGGCUAUCCUCCAUUUUGGGAUGAAGAUCAACACCGGUUAUAUAGUCAAAUUAAAGCUGGAGCGUAUGAUUAUCCAAGUCCUGAGUGGGAUACGGUGACGCCAGAAGCAAGAAACCUCAUCAAUCAGAUGUUAACAGUCAACCCAACUAAGCGUAUCACCGCAAGUGAAGCACUUAGGCACCCUUGGAUUUGCCAACGCGAACGUGUUGCAUCAGUGGUCCACAGACAAGAGACUGUGGAUUGCUUGAAGAAAUUCAAUGCAAGGCGCAAAUUAAAAGGCGCUAUUUUAACUACAAUGAUAGCCACGCGGAACUUUUCCAGUAAGUAUGAUGGACAAGCUCGAAGCAUCGUUACGAAGAAGGGAGAUGGCUCUCAAGUGAAGGAAUCCACCGACAGCAGUACCACGAUUGAAGACGACGAUGUUAAAGAGGAUAAGAAGGGAGGUGUCGACCGGAGCAGCACGGUCAUUGCCAAAGAACCCGAAGGCUACGCGUCCCAGGGCACACCGCCUAAUAGUCCCGCAGCUGCAUCUAUAUUCUCCAAAGUUAUGGGUGCUGCUACAGGAAGCAAACAGGCACAAGGAUCAGGGAAUCCAUUAGGAAUAGCUGCAGUACUUCUACAAGGGGCACAAGAAGAGCCUACGAGCAACAGUCGUCGUGCAAGCAACCUCUCUAGCGAGGUGGAAGACGAAAUAAGAAUCAUGUGUCCCGUCAAGACCUGCAGCCAGCUCUCAACGAACUCGCAGUGCUCAGCUCGCCGUCAGGAGAUCAUCAAAAUGACGGAACAACUCAUUGAAAAUAUCAAUACUGGUGACUUCGAGGGUUACACGAAAAUCUGCGAUCCUCAUCUGACUGCAUUCGAGCCAGAAGCUUUAGGUAAUUUAGUCGAAGGAAUGGACUUUCACAAAUUUUAUUUUGAUAAUGCAGUCCUGGGGAAGAAUUCAAGCUGUAAAGCUGUCAACACGACAAUCCUCAAUCCUCAUGUGCAUUUGUUAGGUGAGGAUGCUGCCUGCAUUGCAUAUGUGAGACUCACUCAGUAUGUUGACAAGCAAGGUGUCGCACAUACUCAGCAAAGUGAAGAAAGUCGAGUCUGGCAUAAAAAAGAUAAUAAAUGGCAAAAUGUGCAUUUCCACCGAAGUGCAGUAACAGGACCAUCUCCAUUUUCAUGCAAUCAUAAAUAAGUCAUGGACAAAGUUCAAACGCUCCGAUUAUUCUUUGAGAAUCUGAUCUCGGUGCGUACUUAAUACCAGUAAAGACGCUGCAUUAAACACUGAUAACAUUGCUAAAUCGAAAAAAGGGUUGAAAGACAAAAAAAGUAAAUAGUUCAAAAAAAAAAAAAAGUUUAAGAAAAAUCUGCAGCGUAUAACGAUAUUUCUUCUAUAUAAUUUUUAACCGUGGGCACAUCUGAGCCCCAACACUUAGAAUGUCUCCUAUGUGACGAUGUAUCCCCCAACACGUCUCUGUACUUACAGCUAUCUUUGGAUAAUGAACACAGCGAAAUGAAGAAACGGAAGUUAAAUAAGGAAGAUGGGGAACACUACGCAUAUUAGACAAUAUGCAUUAUCGUCAACGAUACCUGAUGAUAAACGAAGUCUGCUUACGAUUUAUUAUUAGUUAGAGUAACAAAUUUAAUUAGGGAGUCUCAAUAUAAAUUUUGGCCCGAUCGAGCCUUAAUAUCGACCAACGUGCCAUGUAGCUAUGACUCUUAAAAGAGGAACAAAAUGAGAUAUUAAAACUUUGCCCGAAGUCUUAUACAAUGAGUGACUCUCUCGCCAAGACUGCAAUCGAUACAAUAAGUGAGGAAAGAGAAAAAGGAAUUACGAUGCAUUAUCGAGAUAACUUAUAGCUCUCAAUUAAACUAUAGAGCACAUGGACUAAAUUCAAACUCAGAAUAAAAACAAUCAGUUGGGCCAAGACCUAAAUCAGAUGUGCGGUAAAUGAUACCUUAUUUAUUAUCAAUACAUUACCAUUGAAUCAUUCAGACGUAUCAAUUUUAAAUUUCAAAUACAAAAACACAAAAAGAAUGAUUGAUGUACUUUUAUGCUUCACGUAAAUUGUUUGAGACUCGUAAAAUAUAUUCCCACUAGUAUGUGUACAUUUUUCAGAUCAAAUCUAUAUAUACAUAUAUAAAUAUAUAUUUAUUCGAAUAGUCUAUAUAACAAACAAUAGUUACUUUUUUAUUCAUCAAUGCCAGAAUAUUUUAACUGGAAAAAAAAGAUAGUCAAAAAAUUUAUUUGGUACAUUUACAAUAAUUGAGUAUGAAAAGUAAAUCCAUUGUAAUGAAAGAUGGAGAGAUGAGUAUAAUAUUACACAAUUGAUCGUUAUUGAUACGUCUUAUCCCACCUCGAUAAGCGUUCAUCGUCCGUUGGGUCGGCCCAUUAUAUCGUCCCUUUUUCUCACAUCACUGCUCCUUCCAGAGAGGUUCAGGCUUAUUAGAUUGUCUACCUGUGCCCGUCUAAACUGAUAGUGCACUGACUUGCAAUAUAACUUCUUAUUCAAUUAAUUAUAACAAAUUUUAAAUAAAUUACAUGAGAAUAAAAAUAUUAAUUCAUUAUUGAAGAAACAAAUGAGUUUAAAAUAAUAUUUCGCUAGUUAAAGUAUUGUUAAGCGAGGCAAGGUGAGACAUCAUUUAAAUAAUAAUGAUUACUAAUUAUUAUUAUUAUUAUUAUUAUUAUUAUUAUGAUAAUAUUAAUUGAUUAAUAAUAAUAAUAAUAAUAUAAUAUAUUAAUAAUAAAAAUUGUACAGAGUAUUCUUCCAUAUUUAUUAUCGUUUUAGAUCAUUUGUUAAGUUUUUGUGACAGUGUGACAAAUUUAUGUAAUACGAUUGCUCUUUAUUGAUGCUUUCAAUUGAUGUUUGGUUGCAAAAAAUUAUUGCUGUUUGUUAUAAUAGUAUCUAAAUAUCUUUGAAAUGUUGUAAGUGAGUCUUUAAAAAGAUUUAAUUAGUUUGGGUGAUUUUUCAUUAUCAAAUAAGUAAUAAUUGUUUUACUAAAUAAGUAUUAAUUGUGGUGAAUAUCAUAUAAAUAUAUACAUAUUCAAUAGUCAAACUAUGAAUGAAAUCAAUUGUCUUAAAUGGAUGAAUACAAAGAAUGAUGAAAAAUUUUAGAAUAGCUCGAGUCUGGGCGUACAAAAAAUAAUGAUACGAAUAAUGGAAAAAUGCAAAUGAGGGUUAAUUUAUGCUCUCCGUUCGAAUUUUUUUCGCAUGAUUUUAAAUAACAUGCGUUAAAAAGUAAUAUAAGUAUUAUUUCAAAAAAAAUGUCUCACGUAAAUCAAUAAAAUAAAUUAACAACCAUUACUAAAAAAAAAAAAGAACAAUUUUUAUCGAAUUUACUUCGUUAAUACGAUAAAUAUUUCUACACGUUCGUACAUUCUUCAUAGUUGUCAGGAGUCGAGUCUCAAACUAUCAGAAGUUAAUUACUUUUACGAUGAGUAUAUAUAUACAUAAAAAUAUUAUUUAUAUAUAUAAAAGUUAUGAAGAAUAAAUAUGGUUUAUCAACUUGCAGAUUAUACUAUAAUAUAAAUAUAAAUUUAGCUAAAUUAAAAUAUAGUUAUUUCUACUAUUCUAUUAUAUCGCUUCUCUACGUGUGAUUGUUGUAUAAAAUUAAUUAUUUAUUUCUUACUAUCAUUAAUAAAUUAAUAAUAAUAAUGAUUAAUAUUAAAUAUAACAAUACAAGUACAUGUUAACUAUUACUAUCACUUAUUGAAAAGUUAAUAGGAACUAUAAAAAUAAUAAUUCAUUGUAUUAUUUUUUAUUCCUAUUACAAAUAUAAAAUUACCGCACGAAUUACAUUGUUUAGGCAUAAUAAAAAUAAUUUAAUACCAAUCAUACUAUUAUUAUUAUUAAUAAAAUUUUAAUAAAUACAAAAAGCGAUUCAAGGCAGAAUAGCUUAAUUUUUUUGCCUUAGCUAAUUAUAUUGUCUUAUUACACUUGUAGUUGUUUCUUACUGUAUAACUUUUAAAUACUGAAGCUAUAUCUUUAAAAAUCAGAUCUCGUUAAAAAUAUUAUCAAAACUAUGUCGCAUUUGCAAGUAUCAUGCUAAUAUUUAUAAAUCCAUUUAUAUAUGCACUUGUUAUUUCUACUUUACUUAUAGUUCAUUGAUGAUUUUAAUUGUUACUUCCAAUUAUAUUUCAUCAAAUUUUUAUUUUAAAAUCAUUCUCAUCACUAAAUCGAGGGAUGAUUAUAGUUCAUUACAGUGCUCAUUAAAAAAAUGUACUCGAUAAAUCAGCCAAUUAAAAUGAGAUGGAGAAAAAAAAAUGA